AUGUCUUCUAUCUCUAUACAAACCAUCGGUGUAAUUGGCACCGGUGUCAUCGGCGCCAGUUGGACAGCACUGUUCCUGGCAAAGGGUUUGAAGGUCAUUGUUACUGAUCCAGCCCCAGGCGCUGAAACCAAACUCCAUGAGUAUCUGCAAACGCAUUUAUCGGAGGUUCCCAAUGCCAAACUCUCGCCAGAAGCUUGCUUGAAAAACCUCAGAUUUGUAAAAGAGCUCGAUGCUCUUCUGGGUGAGGUGGACCUCAUCCAAGAGAAUGGACCAGAGCGACUGGACUUCAAGCGUCAGUUGUUUGCUCAGUUGGACGCAAAUACCCCAGAGCACGUCAUUAUAGCUUCUUCGUCCUCUGGCCUUCCAUCGUCCGAGUUCGUCACAGACUGCAAGAAAAACCCAGAGCGCAUCUUAAUUGGCCAUCCUUUCAACCCGCCACAUCUAGUUCCGUUGGUGGAGGUGGUCCCCCAUCCAGCAACCGGCAGUGAAUAUGUGGACGCCGCAUUCCAAUUCUACCAAAGUUUAGACAAGGAGCCUGUCCUCGUGAAGCAAGAGACUCCGGGAUUCAUUGCCAACCGUUUACAGGCCGCUGUCUGUGCCGAGGCCUACAGCUUGAUAUCAAGGGGGGUUGUCUCUGCCGAGGAUCUGGACAAAACCAUGACAUCUGGCCUUGGUCUUCGUUGGGCCCUGACUGGACCAAUUAUGACAAACACUCUCGGAGGAGGAGGCGACUUCACACAUUUCAUGGACCAUCUUGGGCCGGCAUUGAAAUUGUGGUUGGAUGAUAUGGAAAAGCACAAGUUCGAGUUCCAGCCACAGCAAGUCGAAUCUGUCAAGGAUACAGUCAAUGACUGGGUGUCCCAGGUCAACCUGAAAAAGGUUGAACAAGAUCGGGAUGCAUUUUUGGGAGAACUUGUCGAGAAGAAGCAGAAAUAA